AUGAAUGGCGCAUCUCUUACAACAAAUUACAACACCAACGGUACAAACGAGGUACAUGGUGACCAAUACGGUGACGUGCUGAGUAAUUCUUUUCACGAAGAAUUCACUGAGGUGUCUUUUCCUGGAACUAAGGAACAGUUGAAUAAUUUAAUUUCUCGUUAUCAACACUUAAUGAAGAUUUCGAAGGAGUAUCGGGAAAAGCAAGACCAAAGAACGAACUACAUCGACGGAAGGGAUGGUAAAAAUACGGAUUCUAUACGCUCUCCCCAAUACGAUGCAGUCAAGAGUAUCACUAAAGACCCAACUGAGACGGAAAGACGGGCCAUAGAAGAAGUGUUUUAUAAAAUUACUCAAUCACAUCAAAGUUUUUUGAAGGAAGAGGAAGACUUCUAUAAAACUUUACACUUGCUGUCACCAGAAAAUCAAGAGUCAUUUGACUGUGAUCUUUUGGCUAAACAGGUUGUCGGAUUACAACUAUUAUCGAAAGAUAUAGAUUUACCAGAAUACUUGCAGACACAGUAUGAAUCGUUAGAAAGUAAUGCAAUGAGUGAUCCAGAGACUGACAAAGAAGAAUUGAGAACUCUUUUGUUUUCUAAAUGUGAUAAGUACGAUUUUAUGGAGAGAGCGAAAUCUUUAGGAGUAAAGUUGUCACCUUCUGUGGGCUCUACAGAUCCAAUGCAUGCUUUACUAGGAAAUUACUAUACUGAGCAAAUGAUAUCAUCAAAAAUAGCGAACCGCUUAAAAGAGUUAGAGAGCUUACCCGUUAACAUAGGGUCGCUUGAUACUGAUCAAUUAUUGAAAGCACCCACUGACCUUGAUGGACUUAAAAUUAAUUCAUUAAUAGAGCUUAAGUCAUUGCGUUUGUUAGCUAAACAGAAGCAAUUAAAGAAGACAUUAGUUGUCAGUGAUGCUAAUAGCCCUCCUGUCUCUAUUGAUGUUAAUGGCAUUGCCCUUUCCUCACAAUCAAGGAGAUCUACGUAUGUGAGACCAAAAAUUUCCCAGCCAAAUCCUCAGCUAUUAGCCCUACAGCUUGAGGAGAAAAGGAAAUUGGAAGCGAAAAGAAAAGAACAUGCACUUCACGUUGAAAAAGUCCGCCAAAUCUUGGAGAGUUCCAUUUCUAUCUUCAAUGACAAGAUAAAUCGACAAAACAAGAGGAAUGCUAUUGUGAAAUCAAUCAAUAAUUUCCACGCAGUUACCGAAAAAGACGAAUCUAAGAAAUAUGAGAAGACAGCCAGACAACGUUUGCAAGCAUUAAAAGCAAAUGAUGAAGAAGCAUAUAUUAAGUUAUUAGAUGAAACAAAAGAUUAUAGAAUUACGCACUUGUUAAGACAGACAAACCAAUUUUUGGAUUCCUUGGCUCAACAGGUUAAAGCUCAACAGGUAGAACAAGGUGCGGAGGUUGAGGAGAACGUGAAAGAAGAUAACGUCGACGAGUUGAGAGAAAAGAUUGACUACUACCAGGUCGCACAUCGUGUCCAAGAAGAAGUUAAAGAGCAACCGAAGAUUUUAGUAGGUGGCCAAUUGAAAGAAUAUCAAAUAAAGGGAUUACAGUGGAUGGUGUCCUUAUAUAAUAACAAGUUAAAUGGUAUUUUGGCUGAUGAAAUGGGACUUGGUAAAACCAUUCAAUCAAUUUCCUUAGUCACUUAUUUGAUUGAAAAGAAACACGAGGACAAGUUUUUGAUUAUUGUGCCUUUAUCCACAAUAACUAAUUGGACAUUAGAAUUCGAAAAAUGGGCACCUUCUGUGAGAACGAUAGUUUACAAGGGCUCUCCCCAGCAACGUAAGUCGUUACAAUACGACAUCAGGGCUGGAAACUUUCAAGUGGUUUUGACGACGUACGAAUAUGUGAUCAGAGAAAGAAACUUGCUCGCAAAGUUCAGUUAUUCACAUUUGAUUAUUGACGAAGGUCAUAGGUUAAAAAAUGCAAAUUCUAAGCUAUCAAUUACUUUAAAAAGCUAUUACAGAGCAAAGAAUAGAUUAAUUUUAACAGGUACCCCAUUACAGAAUAAUUUGCCUGAGUUAUGGGCCUUGUUAAAUUUUGUAUUACCUAGAAUUUUCAAUUCCGUUAAAUCGUUCGACGAAUGGUUUAAUACGCCUUUUGCAAAUACUGGGUCGCAAGAAAAAAUAGAAUUAACAGAAGAAGAGUCACUUUUGGUUAUCAGAAGACUACACAAGGUGUUACGUCCGUUUUUGCUUCGAAGAUUGAAGAAAGAUGUCGAGAAAGAUUUGCCUGAUAAAGUUGAAAAAGUUCUUAAAUGUAACUUGUCAGGCUUGCAGUAUAUAUUAUAUCAGCAAAUGUUGAAACACAACGCACUUUUUGUUGGUGCCGAAGUAGGGAGUACUAAGUCUGGUAUUAAAGGAUUAAAUAAUAAGAUAAUGCAAUUAAGAAAAAUUUGCAACCAUCCUUUCGUGUUUGAGGAAGUAGAAGACGUUCUCAAUCCAUCAAGACUUACUAAUGACUAUAUCUGGCGUGUGAGUGGUAAGUUUGAGUUAUUAGAUAGGGUUUUACCGAAAUUUAAGGCAAGUGGACAUAGGGUAUUAAUGUUCUUCCAGAUGACUCAAGUCAUGGAUAUAAUGGAAGAUUUUUUGAGAUGGCGAGAUAUGAAAUACAUGAGAUUAGAUGGUAGUACGAAAGCCGAAGACAGGCAAGACAUGUUGAAGGAUUUCAAUGCACCCAAUUCUGAUUAUUUUUGUUUCCUUUUAUCUACAAGAGCAGGAGGUUUGGGAUUGAAUUUACAAACUGCAGAUACGGUAAUUAUUUUUGACACUGAUUGGAAUCCACAUCAAGAUUUACAAGCCCAAGACAGAGCCCACAGAAUUGGACAAAAGAACGAGGUUAGAAUUUUGAGAUUAAUUUCAAAUGAUUCGGUUGAAGAAGUAAUUUUGGAGAGAGCACACCAGAAGUUAGAUAUAGAUGGCAAAGUUAUACAAGCUGGUAAGUUUGACAAUAAGUCAACUGCUGAGGAGCAAGAAGAAUUCUUGAAAAGAUUGUUAGAAGCAGAAGCUGGAAGAGACGACAAUGAAGAGAACUCCAAUUUAGAUGAUGAGGAGUUGAAUGAUAUUCUUGCUAGGUCUGAAGAGGAAAGAAAAUUAUUUACAGAGAUCGACAACGAAAGAAUCUUACAUGACAAAAUGGUAGCGAGAAAAGGAGGAUACAAGACAAGAUUGAUCGAGGAAAACGAAUUGCCAAGCGUUUUCACAGAAGAUAUUUCUCAUCAUUUUGAGAAGGAUGUCAAAGAGCUAGCACGCAAGAGGGAAAAGAAAAAAGUGAAGUAUGAUGAUGGUUUGACUGAAGAGCAGUGGUUAGCAGCCAUGGACGACGAUGAAGAUACUGUCGAAGAUGCUAUCAGACGAAAGGAGGAUCGAUCAGCUAAGAGAAGAAAGCGGCUCUUCAAAGAGGAUACCGAAGAGGCUGAGGAUAGUUCAGAGAAAGAGGUCCUGCGCCCAAAAAGAGCCCGUCGAUCUCAGACUCCACAGUUAGACGGUUACAACGAAGAUGAAGAGGUGUACAAUGGUGGGGACAGCCUCACUGACAAAUGCGAAUCUCUUAUCGACGACAUUUGCAGCUUGACCGCCGAGUCUGAUGGCCACAAUGUAGCAGAAAUUUUCAUGACACUACCUUCGAGGAAAUUAUACCCCGACUACUAUCAAGUUAUAAAGCAACCAGUUUCGAUUAAUCAGGCGAAAAAAAAUAUUAAACAAGAGAAGUUUGAUUCUUUUGAAGCUUUCGUUGAUGAGCUUAAAUUAAUGUGCUCAAAUGCCAAGGCAUACAAUGAAGAGGGAUCGUGGGUUUACGAAGAUGCUGAAACUAUUGAAAAAUUUCUCAAUAACAAACUUGAAAAGUAA